UCUGUCCCGCACUCGUUUCUUUUACAAUAUCAUCAUAGUUAUCCUUAUUGUUAAAAUAUGUUGUUUCUCUUGGUAGAAUUACUAAUGGAGCCUCUCAAGUACUGAACAGUUUUCAAAACAAAGCCUUUACAUGUGAAUACAAAUAUGAUGGCCAGUGAGCCCAGAUUCACAGAUUAGCUGAUGGCUCUGUGCGCGUUUUCUCAAGGAAUGGGGAUGAAACAACAAGAAGAUUCCCUGAUGUAGUUGAUAUAAUUAAAGAAUCAUGCAAUCUUACUGGACAAACUUUCAUACUAGAUGCUGAGGUGGUUGCAAUAAAUAGGAAAAAUGAUUCAAAACUCAUGUCAUUCCAAGAAUUAUCUUCCUGAGAAAGAGGGAGUAAAGAUUCCUUGAUCACAUUAGAUACAAUAAAGUACAUCCAUAAUUUAUACAAUUGUCCAAGAACAACACAACCAACAGAACCUGAAAAUAUGUGAUUCUCUACAUCGCAAUUUUAUGAUAGUACAUCCAUAAUUUAUACAAUUGUCCAAGAACAACACAACCAACAGAACCUGAAAAUAUGUGAUUCUCUACAUCGCAAGACCUUAGUGGGUAUUAUGGAUGACUAUUUGGAUCUGUGUUUCGCACAAGAAAUGAUAAGAGUCUCAGGUUGACCUACUUGUUUGUGAGGACUUGAUGCGUGAAAGGUUUCUUAAACUGGGUCUUUACAUUGUUUAAAUGACUUCCUCUUUGUUGGCUAUAAAGAAGAGUAUCUUUUUCAUUGGAGUUCAUGGACAUGCCCCUCAUGCCGAAUUUAUGAGGUGGUCCAUCUAUAUAAGAGAAAGUGGAUUGAAAAAAACUACGUACCCCCGAUUUACAAUGAUUGGUCAAAGCUUUGGUUCCAUCUAUCUUUCAUGGGAAGCUUUAUCCAAGUUCACCCCUCUGUACUAUCUAGAUACGAGUGGAUAUGCUUUUAGCUGGAUGUAUGGUUUUGUUGGUUCCUGCUCACAUCUUGCAAUGGUGAAUUCCUCAUGGACACUAUCUCAUAUUGAAAAGUUCUGGGGAAUAUCAUCUCGUACUAGGAGGGUGUAUCCUCCUUGUGAUACUUCUAGGCGUCAGGUGCUCCCUCUUGAAAGGCCAAUGGAUCCUCCUAAAAUUAUAUCAGUAGCUCAAUUUCGUCUAGAAAAGGCUCAUCCCAUCCAACUGGAGGCUUUAGCUGUUGCCGUAAAAAGUUAGAACCAGGCCUACCAAGGCCCAACCUCCAACUUGUGGGGUAGUUGCAGAAAUGAAGCAGAUGAGCGAAGACUUCAAAAUUUGAAGGACUUGGCUAAAAAAUUAAACGUGGAAAAUGAUGUGGAGUUCCACAAGAAUGUGAUGUACAGGUUUGGAGCAUUACAUUGUAUAUUAUGUUACUAAUGCUAGCUAUCUAAUACGAUUCUAAAAUCUAA